UCUGAUGAAUCCAUAUAUGCGAGGGAAAAAACCCUAUGAUAGCUUCUAACAUUGGAAGGUCCUAGAAGCUUCGACGAGGCGCUAGAAGAAGGUUCUAGAAGCUUCGGGGGCGGGGUUGGAUGGGUCGUCCGGAGGGGAAGGUGGUGAUGGUGACGGGGGCGUCGUCGGGGAUCGGGCGCGAGCUCUGCCUCGACCUCGCCGCCGCCGGGUGCCGCGUCGUCGCCGCCGCGCGCCGCGUCGACCGGCUCAGAUCGCUCUGCCGCGAGAUCGACGGCUCGCGAUCGCCGGCGACUCCCCCGGCGGCGGCGGCGGCGGCGGUGGAGCUCGACGUGAGCGCCGGCGCCGCCGCGAUCGAGGCCGCGGUGGCGAGCGCGUGGGACGCGUUCGGGCGCAUCGACGCCGUGGUGAACAACGCCGGGGUUAGAGGUGGCGUGUAUUCGUCGCUAGAUUGGUCUGAAGAGGAAUGGAACAUAAAUAUGACCACCAAUCUAACCGGCUUGUGGCUGGUGUCGAAAUACGUAUGCAGAAGGAUGCGCGAUGCGAAGCAGAAAGGCUCGGUGAUUAACAUUUCGUCGAUCGCUGGUCUCGAACGAGGACAACUGCCCAGAGGAGUCGCCUAUUCCGCCUCAAAAGCCGGUGUUAAUUCCGUCACCAAGGUGAUGGCAUUGGAGCUGGGGGUGCACAAUAUAAGAGUGAACUCUAUAAGCCCAGGCUUGUUUAAAUCUGAGAUAACAGAGGGUCUCAUGCAAAAGCAGUGGCUGAGCAACAUCGCGACGAAGACCGUCCCGUUGAGGACGUUCGGAACAUCGAACCCGGCGGUGACGUCUCUCGUGUGGUAUCUCAUCGACGACUCCUCGGAGUAUGUCACGGGCAACGUCUUCAUCGUCGACGCCGGGGCCACGCUACCGGGUGUCCCCAUUUUCUCCUCUCUAUAG